CCCCUGACAUUUGAAUUUUGAUAUGCUCUACUAGGCCAUUGGUCCAUCACUUACUCAGUAGAGUGUUUGUUGCAUUGUUCAUACACUCAAAACUCCACACACCAUCUCCAAACCCCGCCACUGCAACUUCUUUUCUCUCUAUUUAGCUUUAUAGCUCAUGCAUGCAAUCAGGGGUGGCUGGGUUGGACAAGCAUUUGCCUUUGCCAGUAGCAAUGAUUCAGGGGGAAAGAAGUCGAGGAUUAGACGUUCAAAAGAAGAGAGGAAGGUUAUGGUUGAAUCUUUCAUAAACAAAUAUCAGAAGUCGAACGAUGGGAAUUUUCCAUCUCUAAAUCUUACACACAAGGAAGUUGGUGGUUCUUUCUACACAGUGCGUGAGAUUGUUAGGGAGAUUAUUCAAGAAAAUAGAGUGUUAGCGCUACCUAAAGUGUUCUUAGAAGAACAUAACCAUUCUGGAUUUCCGGAACAACGCCCUCUAGAAUCCGUUUCUGUGGAGCCUCAAAAUGAUCUGUCAGUAUCUGAUAAGCUUCAUAUUGCGACUGCUAUUGUGCCUGGAAUUACCAGUGAACAAUUCAGUUCUGCUCCUGGCUUGCAGUUCCUUGGACGGGAUGUCAGGGAAUUGCAUCAUGAACAAGUCGUUAAUGGACUAAGCACGGCUGAGACAGGCAAAGAAUCUGAAAGAGCAAGUCAUCCUGUGCCUCAAUCGAAGUGUGAUGAGUUUGAAAUUGAGAAAAUUGUAAAUGGUGGUGAAGGGCUUGAAGGAAAUAUUGAGUCUGAUAAACUGCUCAUAACGAAUUCCGCUCCCAUCUAUCAUCAAGACAAUAAAAAUGAGAGUGCACUUCAAUCUAGCCAAAAAACUUAUGCAGUUUGGAGUCGGAGGAGUACUGAUGAGCAGUAUCUGAACACUAAUGAUCGGAUGGUUGAUAAAACCAAAGAAUCCAGGCUGCAAACUUAUACAGAGUCGGUAGACAUGGAAAUGCUGGAUGCAGAGAGAGAUGGAGUCAAAGAGUUAGAAGUAUUGCAACAGGUAACAUCUCAUAUGAGCACGAACUUUGUGGUGGAGACGUUUCCAUUAAGGCCUGUUUCUAGGACAAUUCUCGACUUGGAUGGAGACUCAGGUAAAUGUAGAGGGUCUGGAACUUUGGAAGACAGGGCAAAUAAACACAACAAAACGACGUUUUCUAAGAGCAAUUCUGGUUUGGUAAAUGAGAAGGAUGAAGAAAGGCUUCUUGAUUCAACAUUGGAAUUGAAGGACAAAUACAGGGACAAGAAAUCAUUUGAGAAUUCAAAACUUUCACCAACCUUUAGCACCACCGUCCUUGACGCUGGCAAUGUCAAGGACCCUGAAUCGGAGAUCUCCUUGUCUGACGAAAUUAAGUCUGCUGAAAGAUUGAUCUCCGAGGACUCUAACUUGGUGAGCACAAAAUCUAGCAGCCCAGACGAGACAGGUCUAAAGAAACGGAGCAAUCCGGUACUGGACAGACUCAAUCUUGAAACUUCAGAAGACGCAACAAAGAAAUCCGCUACACCGGAAAGCAAUCCUCUUCUGACAUUCGUUAAGGCGUUCAUCUCUGCUUUCAUCAAGCUCUGGACUGAAUAACGUUUCUGCUUUUGCCCUACCGACAUUUAGAUGUGAGAAUAGGUUAGGCAUCUUAGCUCGUUCCGGUUGGCAUUUUUCGCUUUAAUACAAAGUUUUUGAUCGAAGAACGGGUUCAGCGUUGCCGUUGAUGGCCAUGUCCACUUUGAAUUAUACGCAUCGAUGUGAUAUUAUACUGAGACUGAUGAAGGCCAAUGAACCAAAGAUGACCAUAUGGGGAAGCUCUCCUUUCAGAUUAUAUGCCCCUACCUAUCCUAUCCAGAAUGUUUCCAUUCAAAACUUCUUGAAAUCCUAAUCUUGGGCGUAACUUUUCUUCCCGGAUUUAUUUUGGUUCGAGAAGUUUUCAAUGAAAUUUCGAUUCCACACUCAUAA